GGCCCGUGUGCGGGGGGCGUGCGCUAUCUACUAUCUAUGGUAGUCUACGCUACGUGGUGUACUCUGACCCCUCCUACCAGCAUGACCCCUCCUACACGCCUCAUUGCACGAGCAGCAUGGCGGCCUGCACGAGAGACGGUAAGCCCUUGCCCACCUCCCCCCGUCUUAUAUACCGCCCUCUACCGUGCACGGACCUUUUGCAAGCCGAGUACGACCCCCAGCAAGCCGAGUACGAUCCCCAGCAAGCCGAGUACGCGCCCCUUGCGACAGCGGCUAGUAGGUAGCGGAUGUACGUUGUCAGUAGCUUAUGCACAAUAACAUUGUCCUGGGCA